UCGCGGUUUAUGGAGCCUGUGCUGAAGAGAAAGAGGAGGGACUACGGAAGAGUGUUUUUAUUUAUUUCUUUGUUUCCACUGGAGAAAUAAUAACAGCAUACGUUUUUGUAGAAAGUUGCUGUUAUUUUUCCCCCUCCUUCUGAUGAUAAAAACCUGGAAGAGAUUACGAUAGAAAUCAGAAAGCCAAAGCAAAAAGGAGGAGGAUGAAGCGGCGCAAUGCGGACUGCAGCAAACUCCGUCGGCCGUUAAAACGGAACCGAAUCACCGAGGGUAUAUACGGCAGUACCUUCCUUUACCUCAAGUUUCUGGUUGUGUGGGCGUUGGUGCUGCUGGCAGACUUCGUGCUGGAGUUCAGAUUUGAAUACCUGUGGCCCUUCUGGCUCUUCAUCAGAAGUGUGUACGAUUCCUUCAGAUACCAGGGGCUGGCAUUUUCAGUAUUUUUCGUAUGUGUUGCAUUUACAUCAGAUAUUAUAUGCCUCCUCUUCAUUCCUGUACAAUGGCUGUUCUUCGCUGCCAGUACCUACGUUUGGGUGCAGUACGUAUGGCACACAGAAAGAGGUGUCUGUCUACCCACAGUGUCUCUGUGGAUACUGUUCGUAUAUAUAGAAGCAGCAAUCCGCUUCAAAGACCUGAAAAACUUCCAUGUUGACCUGUGUCGACCAUUUGCUGCACAUUGUAUUGGUUAUCCCGUGGUGACGCUAGGCUUUGGCUUCAAGAGUUACGUCAGCUACAAGAUGCGCCUGCGGAAGCAGAAGGAGGUGCAGAGAGAGAACGAGUUCUACAUGCAACUCCUCCAGCAGGCGCUCCCUCCUGAACAGCAGAUGCUCCAGAGACAGGAGCGCGAGGCCGAGGAAGCUGCAGCGGCCAAAGGCAUAUCUGAGGUGGAUUCCACAACAACGUCACAGAACGGCGCGCCUGCCAACAAAAAGAGCUCCCUCCCGCUCCCAGAGCUGGAGUACAGAGAAAAGGGGAAGGAGGGCAGGGACAAAGAAGCCAAAAAACACAAUGUGGGGAUUAACAACAACAUCCUCCAGACAGUAGACUCUAAGCUCCAGGAGAUGGAGUACAUGGAGAACCACCUCAGCAGCAGGAGGCUGAACAACGACCUGGCGGGGAGCACGGAGAACCUCCUCCAGAAGGAGGAGAUGGGGAGCGGGGCUGGCAAUGCCUCUUCCAAAAACUACAAGAAUGCCAGCGGGGCGGUGAUCAAUUCUUCACCGCGCAGCCACAAUGCCACCAACGGCAGCGUCCCCUCUUCCUCCUCCUCUUCCACCAGUAAGAACGAAAAGAAGCAGAAGUGUUCGGGGAAGAGCCCCGCCCCUCACAGAGAUCUGAUGGAGAACUGUAUACCCAACAACCAGCUCAGCAAGCCUGACUCUCUCAUACGGCUGGAGCAGGACAUUAAGAAGCUGAAGGCGGACCUGCAGGCGAGCCGUCAGGUGGAGCAGGACCUGCGCAGUCAGAUCAGCUCGCUCAGCUGCACCGAGAGGAGCAUCCGCUCCGAGCUGGGCCAGCUGCGGCAGGAGAACGAGCUGCUGCAGAACAAGCUUCACAGCGCCAUCCAGGCCAAGCAGAAGGACAAGCAGACCAUCAGCCAGCUGGAGAAGAGGCUGAAGGCGGAGCAGGAAGCCCGGGCAGCGCUGGAGAAGCAGCUGACUGAGGAGAAGAAGCGCAAGAAGCUGGAGGAGGCCACAGCGGCGCGGGCUGUAGCCAUGGCAGCAGCCUCCAGGGGAGAGUGCACAGACUCGCUCAGGAACCGCAUCCGCGAGCUGGAGACCGAGUGCAAGAAGCUCUCCAUCGACAUGAAGCUGAAAGAGGAGCAGAUCAGAGAGCUGGAGAUGAAGGUGCAGGAGCUGCGUAAAUACAAAGAGAACGAGAAGGACACGGAGGUGCUGAUGUCCGCGCUCUCAGCCAUGCAGGACAAGACGCAGCACCUGGAGAACAGCCUCAGCGCCGAGACCCGCAUCAAACUGGACCUCUUCUCAGCGCUGGGCGAUGCCAAGAGACAGCUGGAGAUCGCCCAAGGUCAAAUCCUCCAGAAAGAUCAGGAGAUCAAGGACCUUAAACAGAAAAUAGCUGAGGUGAUGGCUGUCAUGCCGAGCAUCACCUACACGGCAGACACCAAUAACAUGAACCCGGUGACCCCCCACUACUCCUCCAAGUUCAUGGACAGCAGCCCCUCGGGUCUGGACCCCAACGCUUCGGUCUACCAGCCCCUCAAAAAGUGAAUGCUCACCCCUCCGUAUUUUUUUGGCCCAGCUGAAGAUGAACUCUUGUGUAUUUAAUGCUGAGAACGUCCUCUUUUGUUGUUGUUGUUGUUGUUUUCUCCCCUGGUUAAGAAGACUUUGUAACUUGUGACUGUAUUGUUGUAGUUAAAAAGACAAAAAAGGGACAUUGCAUCAACUAGGACUGCGCAGUGUUUCCCCCCCCUUCCCCCUCCUCCCCACCCUUUGUAAAUGUUUAGACAACCCUCACAGAAUGUUGGCACAUCUCUUUUCUGGGUCAGUGGAGAAUGGCUGCUUUUAAAUGCAUUUUUUCAACUCCACUCCUUUCCCCUUUGAUUCACAAGAUCAGUUCCACUCACAUGUUUGAUGCAAGGAUCUAAGUCAGAACCAGGUUGAGCAGACCUUUACAGUAUAAUGUCACCAGCUGUUCAAAGAAUGUAAUGCAGAAUAAACAGUUAGUAAACUUUCUACUAAUUUUUCCCUAGUUCCCCUUCUCCACUUCAUAACUAUUACUUUAGAAUUAGAGUCAUUGUCAUAGAAUGGACACUCUAGAGCCUUUUCUAGACCCUGUGAGUUCCGAGUUAUUUUUAGUUCUGCCACCAGCUGUGACAGCAGUUUUAUUCUGGAGGUAGUCUUCUGUGUUAAUGCCACAGUCAUACAAUUACCACAUGUCAUGGGGUUUUUAUGUAAACCUUAAAAUACUGUAGUCAAGUGAUGCAUGAACAGCUUCGAACGGAUUUGAAACGACAGCUUCAUUGAGUUAUGUUGAGAUGUAAAGAAAUAAAAAUACAUACUGCCCUCCCUGUUAUUAAACUAUUGUGCUAAAUACACCCUCCCUUUCCUAGCGGACCAAAUUCGACAGGAGUAGCUACAAGAUUGUCACGUGAUGCUAGUAGUAAUGCCCGAGCUAUUUAAAAGCUGAACCUUGUGAUGUCAAGUUAACUGAUUUAUCCAGUUGUCAUAUCCACAGUGCCUUGAGACUGGACAUUUAUUUAUUCUUCUUUUUUUGGAGACGGCCCCCUAUUCAAGCGACCUUGUAUUUUAAUGUGAACCAUCAGAGUCUACUGCAGAUUGUAUACAAACCUAUCUUACCAAAUGAUCGCUGCCUGCUUCUCCCAGUUACACCUUUUUUGUUUCUUUAUUCAGACAAAUGUUGCACCCUAAAAAUGGCAUGCGAUUCAAAAAGGGAAGUUUUUUUUUGAAGGGUUAAAUCUGCCAUUCAGAAACUUAUUUGCAUUAUUUCUUUGUAGAUCUCAAUACAGAAUUUCUAUCUUUUAUUUUUUUUAGUCUUCAGCUGAAUGUUUCAUGUCAGUGAAUGUGCCAAGUUAAGAGUAUUGCUUUCCAUCGAUGGGAAUCCUUAAAUGUGUGAAAUUGGCUAUUGAGUUGCAACAUGCUUUCUUUUGAUGUGCAAAGCAUGGAAGUGUUUUGAAAAUGCAGGACAGAACAAACCUUGCCACCUGUUUGCAGUAGACUCUGUAAAGGCGGUAAUUGCCAGUGUUUCUUUGAACACAUUUCACUCAGUGAAUGUGGUUGUAUUUGCAUCUUACCCGAGGCAGUAAUUGUCAGUCAGCAGGUUUGUUUGGUUUUUGUUCAGUUAAAAAAAUAAUAUAAAAUAAAAUGGGGGAUGAAUACAUAGUCUGAUUUUGAUGUCACCUGAAGGUGUAGGUCAUAUUGUGUGUGUUUGGCUGAAUUGUGCAAUUUGCAAAGGCAUAAGUGGGUUCCCGAAGCUUUUGAAAACUUUGUUUAGAGUAAAACGAUUUAUUUGUCUGCCAUUGCUUGGCCACUCUGUUUCUUUUCUUGAUCUUAUCUCAACUGUAUCUCUUCCUCCCCUCCCCCUCCUUUUCUCCCUCUAACUUCAUCUCUUUCCCUUCAAAUUUUCUUUCUCUCUGUGGGGUUCACAUUGAAUUAAAAAAAGUCUUGCCAGUCAUGCAAGCUGUUUGAAACCUA